UCAUGUUGAAGCUAGCACUUGUGUGCCUCUGCGUGGGCGCUGCCGUUGGGCAGUUGAUGAAGCCUGACUUUGGAGUGCUGUCAGAUGAGGAGAUUCAUUACAUCAACAAUAUUGCCCGCACCAGCUGGAAGGCGGGAAGAAACUUCCACCCAGAGGACCACGCUCACGUUAAGAGAAUCUUGGGAGUGCCUAACCUGGAGAAAGCCGAGUACCUGGCACGCCAGCUGCCCAGGAAGGAAUUUCUCACACAGAUGAGGGACUUGCCCGACAACUUUGACCCUCGUGUGCAGUGGCCAAACUGCACCAGUCUGAAGGAAGUCCGCGACCAGGGAGACUGCGGCUCAUGCUGGGCUUUUGGUGCUGUGGAGGCCAUGACAGACCGUCUGUGCAUCAAAUCUAACGCCAAGUCCCAGUUCCACUUUGCCGCUGAGGACUUGAUGACCUGCUGCCGCAGUUGUGGAAAUGGCUGUGAUGGUGGCUUCCCUGCUGAGGCCUGGAUGUACUACCAGAGAGAUGGCAUUGUCAGUGGUGGACCUUACAACAGCUCUCAGGGUUGCCAGCCGUACAUGAUCCCAGCCUGUGACCACCACGUGCAGGGAAAGCUCCAGCCUUGCAGCAAGAAAGAGAUGAAGACGCCCAGGUGCAAGGACACCUGUGAGAGCAGCUACAGCACACCCUUCAAACAGGACAAGCAUUUUGGUGCCCGCAGCUACCACGUCCGUGGUGAGGACAACAUCAUGCAGGAUCUGGUGCAGAACGGUCCCGUGGAAGCCGCCUUCACCGUCUACUCGGACUUCUUGCAGUACAAAACUGGCGUGUACAAACACACCACCGGAUCAGCCCUGGGUGGACAUGCUGUGAAGAUCAUCGGCUACGGUGUGGACAGCGGAGACAAGUACUGGCUGGUGGCCAACUCCUGGAACCCCGACUGGGGCGAUCAAGGAUUUUUCAAGAUUGCCCGAGGCCGGGAUGAGUGUGGCAUUGAGUCUCAGAUUGUCGCUGGCGAGCCAAAGGUCUGAGCGCCACUGUGCAGAACAGCUGCCAAGGGAGACGUGCAGUUUUGUCCAAAUGUGUUUUGAUGUUAUGCAAAGUAAUUACAGUACAGUUGAGCUCAUAUAGGAAUAAAGAAGUCAGCUUGCCAAGAGAAGACAUGUGUCAAUCUUGUGUAAGUUUGACUCAUAGUAGAUUGCUCAGUAAAUUUAUUUUUUAGGGAGUCUGUUUGUUGUCCUCUAUCUCUGUAGAGCUUUCGUCCCUUUUGAAUUAUUUACAGAGACUAUUUGUGUGCUUGCUUGUUGUGUGCCUCUACUUAAAACUCAUUUCUCUAGGCUUGAAGUUUUUCUCUAAGAAAGUAGUUUCUCGUUCAAUGCACAAAAAGACAUUCCCAGAUACGCGGAAACUCUGAUAACAGCUUUCUGUAUGUUUGUUUAUUCUGUUUAAUAAGACGGAAUGUGCUCCAAGACGUAUGAAUACAAUGUAUAUAUAUAUAUGUAUAUGUGUAUUUUUAUGUUUGCAAAGCCAGGUGCUGCUACUACUUUUUACCACUAUUAGUCUUUCAAAAUACAGUAAGUGUCGACAGUGUAUUUUAUUUUGGGUACAAGUUUUCGGUGAUUGGUGUCUUUGAUUUAAAAAAAUAUUUUUUUACACUUUCUCCAACGUUUUUUUUUCUCUGCAGAACUUUCAACAAGAUUCCUGAGCUUAUUAUUUUUUCCCACAUUGAAUCGGUUUUUCCCACACCCUCUGCCAGAUACACAACAGCUAUUCGAAAAUUUUGUUCUCUUUCCUUAACCAGUGUUUCCACUGAGCUUGAUUGCAAGCACGAUAAUGAAGUUAAUUAAUGUUGCUCUUUUCCAAAAUCUCGAGUCUUGUGGCUACCAAGUCCCUCUCCACAUGUUUCAGUUCUGAUUCCUUUCUCUGCUUUGUGUAAUUAAUUUUCAGAAGUUCACAGUUUCACAAAAGUUGAUAUUUUUACACUUACACUAUUAAAACUUUGGGUGUUUUGGUCUCCAGUUUAUUGGUCUUUGGAGCGUUUGUACAUUUGGAUGCGUGUAAUAAAUAAUUUUCUUUUAUUAAAAAAAAUCA